CUUCCAGGAUGCUCCUCUUAUUGAGCCUGGCCGUCUUCUUCUCUGCGGGCUUUUCCAUGGAGAUGAACCAGACCUCCAGGCUGCUGGUGGAGAGCGGAGAGCAGUGCUCGGCCUGCGACUUCCGGGAACACAGCAGGCAAAUGAGGCUUCACAACAUCAAGUCCCAGAUCCUCAGCAUCCUGCGGCUCGAACAGGCUCCAAACAUAAGCCGGGACAUGAUCCGUCAGCUGCUGCCCAAAGCGCCUCCUCUGACGCAGCUCCUGGACCAGUACAACCCGCGGGUGGAGGACGAAGAACACGCCACGACGGAGACCAUCAUCACCAUUGCCACUACUCCUAAUCCGAUCACCCAGGACGAGAUGUCCUCCUGCUGCCUCUUCAGCCUCAGUCCAAAGAUCCAACCCAAAAACAUCCUGCGCGCUCAGCUGUGGGUUCACCUGCGGCCGGCCGACAUGGUUACCACUGUCUUCCUGCAGAUCUCACGUCUAAAACCAGGAAAGGAAGGGAACAGCACCCGAGUGAGAGUCCGAUCCCUGAAGAUAGACACUGAUGCUGGUGCAGGCUCCUGGCAGAGCAUUGACAUCAAGUCCCUUCUGCAGGCGUGGCUGCGUCAACCAGCGACCAACUAUGGCAUUGAGAUCAAUGCCUACGACUCCAAAGGAGAAGAUCAUGCUGUCACCUCAGUGAAGCCUGGAGAGGAAGGCCUGGUGAGUAGAGGGGGCAUCCCAGUGUUAUUUGACUUUCAUUUGAUUGGCUGGGACUGGAUUAUUGCACCAAAACGCUACCGGGCCAACUAUUGCUCAGGAGAGUGUGAAUUCAUGCACCUGCAGCAGUACCCACAUGCUCACCUGGUGAACAAGGCCAACCCGCGGGGCACUGCAGGGCCCUGCUGCACACCCACCAAAAUGUCGCCCAUCAAUAUGCUGUAUUUUAACCACAAAGAGCAGAUAAUCUAUGGAAAGCUCCCAUCCAUGGUGGUCGACCACUGUGGCUGUUCUUGAGGAGACCCUGGUGUCUGCAGGACAUAGGCUAAAUUUAGAAGCUUUGUUUUCUGUGAAAGGGAUGCAAAAUAUUUUGUCUCAAGUCUAAACUAAGACCCAGUAGCAUCCCAUUUAGAGAGGGGCACAAGGAUACUGCCAAGGACAGGACUCUGAAGUUGUUUCUUAAUUCACAAGUUUGGCUUACGGCUGAUUUUAAAACAUAAAAUAUGAUAAAAACAACAGAAACUGAUGUCCUACUUUUAGCUCUGCAUGUAUGUGCUUAACAUAGCUCCUCCAUGCAUCAUGCCUUCUUUGGAGCAUUAUAUUUAUGUGCAUCCUGAGACAUUACAAACCAUACUUCAUGUCCACAAAGUGCAGUUAAGGCAAUGAACAUGGGGGAAUUAUUACAGAAAACCAAGGAAGUUCACAGCUUUGAGGCAGCUGUCUCAUGUCCUUCAUGAAGUUGUUUUUUCCUCGUGUCGCAGUGUUAACGUGUGCUGAUGCUGUCCAAAUCUGACGCACUCGAUGACAUCUAUGAAUGCAUAUGUGUUAAAACAUAAGAAACAUUAUAGGAGCACAUAUUCUAAAGUGCACAGAUAGAUUGUCUCCUGUUGUCUUGUGUACUCCUGUCUUAUGAAAACUUGUCCUGACUUGAACCUUGACCAGAACAAUCCCUGCAGGGCGUCUUCCAUGUGUGCCUUUUUUUUAAAAACAUGAACCUAACGACUCUGAGCUGUCAGAUUGUCCUUCCCUCGUCCCAAAGCUUGUUUUCAAACUCCUCGCUGUGAUCUGUGCUAAUAUGCAUCACAGUGAUUUGAGUGAUAGAAAAUACCUUCAGUAAGUGCAGGAGCAUUAAGCAUGCAAAGUCAGUUUGUCAACUAGAAACUAACUAUGUGGUUGCUGCUCUGCCUUUCCUUGCAGAAUAAGAAAUUUAAUAGAGUAACUUGUCUGAGCAAGCUCCGAGUUAAUGAAGUAUUACUGAAAGUGAAAGGCUGAGAGAAAAUCCUACGACAAAUUUUAAAAGUACCUCUGAGAUUUUUUUUUUUUUUGAUGAAGUCGUCCACAACUUCAGAACUUAAUGUUUGAAUGCAAGUGCAGUAUUGUAAAAGAUUUUCAAAGCUUGGUGCUUUAUAGCUUCAAUGCACAACGCAUUGGAAGUAUAACAAACAACUUGACACAAGAGUUUUCCGGUUCCACAUGACUGCAAAAUUACAUCAACUGGAAUCAUUUCAAAGCAGGUUUAGUUGUAAUAAAGUGAGUUGGGGACAAAGGGCUUGUGAUCUUGAAUCAAAACUUUUUGUGCAGUUGAGAAAGUUUAUUACUUUUUUCUGUGUCCUUUACUUGAAUCUUUUAUGUUUGGGAAAUGUUGCCUUUUCUUCCAGAUAGAACUGUAGUGAUGGAAAGUCAGGAGAAAAAGAGGGAAUGUUGUUCAGCAAAGGGGCUGGCAAUGAAUCAAAAACGAGCCUGGUGUUUUAGUCUAGCCAAAUUGUAAAGCAUGAGUCUAACCUGAUAAGUUACCAUCGACUCCUCUGGUUAGCUUUUCCAAAGCUGCCACAGAGGAUCUUUAUCUCAGUGGACAGAUUGAUUUUCCUGCAUUAGUCAGAAUGAGGCUGCAUCCAGUCGACAUUUUAAGAACUGCAGCUAAAUGACUUUCUCUACUUUUAAGUUAAAUUGUUUUGAAAAUGAUGUUGGUAGUAAAAACUCUUUGCUGUGUAGGAGUUAAAAUAUACUGGUUUGCAUGUCUUUACACUCAAACCAGUGCUCUCAUCCAAACUUCAACUCAUACCUGCUUCCAUGGAGCGGCAGGUAUGGAUAACAUCUGAACCUUCUUUGUUUAUGAAGUUGUUUCAGAAUUAUCAUCACUGACUGGCUGGUAAAAUCGUGCAUAAACUGCAAGGACAGUUUUUCUUUUCAUGAUCAGCUGAUCCUGAUAUGAGGGCAGGAACUGUGAUCACAGAGGGAGGCUUGAUCUUGAUUUGAAGCUGAGUGCAGAUGUCCUGAGUGUUGAUGUGCUUCACAGGAGUCCUGACCCAAACGUUUUUUUCUUCUGCUGUUGGAACAGGACGUCCACAAGCGACAGUUUCAUGUUUGUGAUUCUGCAAAGGGAACAAAAUGUCCAACAUGUUAAAUGGUUCACAUUGCUUUUCUGCUUUUAAAGGUUUAAACCUUUAAGCAGUUGUAUCACAUUUUUAUUGUUUUGGUAGAUUUGCUUUGCAAAAAGCAGAAUAAAUCCACUUUUUUAUUUUAUUUUAGAUGUUAUAAAACAAGCACAUAACAUGUAACGAUGGGUGUUUUUGACAGAUUAUUUUUCAAAAUGUUACUCCAGGACAACUAAGGGCAAAGAGGAGGCUGUUUAAAGAAUACUGUUUUGAUGGAUAUUUGUUGUAGAGACUGAAGUGGAAAGUUUGUUUUUGAUUGUCAGAGUUUUAGAAAUUGCUCUCUGUACUGAAAUUUUCUUUUUGCGUCUUUGUGUGUUUGAAGCACUGCAAGUUUAAAAGAGUUCACCUGUAUUAUAAAACUUAAGUAACAUUAUGGAGAAUCAAACACAUAAUGCAAGUGUUGUUCACUGUAUUGCAAAAAUAUUUCAAACUGUGUCUGCAGUUGAUCUUCUAAGAAAAUGUUACAGAAAAAGGGACUAAAUUCAGUGAUUUUGUAUCAAAAAUGUGUCAGCAUGGAUGUAAAUUAAGUGCUGAGAAUGCAUAGACAAUUUUAAAUCUCAAGUUUGUUCAAUAGAUUUUUUUUAUUAUUAUUCCUAGUUAUCAGUGCAGUGUGAGAUGUACUUCACACAGGAGGCCACAAGGUGGCAUCAAUGUGCAAUGUUUCCAAAGUGGUGCGAUAUGAAAAAGACCUCGACUGAUAACAAUGACUUUAGAUAUUUGCAUCUGUUCAAAAACAUGUGUACUCCAUUGACAGUAUAUGUUUCAUACAGUCUAUGGUUAACUCCUGGUUUAUUGUGCACUUUGUGUUUGUAUGUGAAUAAUCAAAUGUACUAUAAAUGUCUAAAUUUGGAAAAGUUCUCGUAUCUCUAAAUAACUUGUAUUACUAGUGUAUAUGCUUAAAAGUUUUUUUGGACACAUUUGUAAAUGUAAAUAGUACAUUUUAAUGCGUUGUCUGUACUCUUUAUUAAUUAAAAGUUAUAUUUCUUU